GGCGGGGCAGGACUCACGCCGCCACACACACCCGGCACACCCAGGCGUGUCUCGGCCUUUAGUACGCCUUCUUUGCAUAGAUUAACCCCACCCCCUGUACAUCUGUGCCACUCUCAGGCAGUCUUGUACUAUAGGGCAGAGUCGAAGUCGGCAGGCUUCAUGAUGUCGUGGAGGUGGUCGAAAAAGAUCCUGCUCACAUUCUUCUUGUUGGGUGUGUUACUCGCAGGUAGAGGAGGAGCCUCAGAGGAUGACGAGGAGGUCACCAUCACAGAGGAAGUUGUUGAGGAAGCAGAGGAAACUGAAGAUGUUGUUUACAGUACACCAAGGCAGAUUGAAAAUGCUUAUGUCAUGGAAACAUUUGAUGAUUUAAUAGCUUUUGAGAAGAAGUGGAUCAAGUCACAGGCAAAGAAGGAAGGAGUGGAUGAAGACAUUGCAAAGUACAAUGGUGUGUGGGUACUCGAGGAGGCCGAGAAGAUGCCCCUGACAGGUGACCGGGGACUAGUGUUAAAGUCCAAGGCCAAGCACGCAGCCAUCUCUGUCCCUUUGAGGAAGCCUUUCGCCUUCUUGGACAAGCCUCUGGUGGUGCAGUAUGAGGUCAACCUUCAAAAUGGCCAGGAGUGUGGUGGAGCAUACAUCAAGCUCCUGACUGCAAAAGAUGGAGGAACAGACCUCAAGAACUUCAAUGACAAGACUCCAUACACUAUAAUGUUUGGGCCUGACAAGUGUGGCAAUGAUUUCAAGUUGCACUUCAUCUUUAGGCAUGUCAAUCCUCUCAAUGGGGAGAUUGAGGAAAAGCACGCCAAAGCCAGUCGUCCCCGUGAGAAGGUUGAGGAGCCAUUCAAGGAUAAGAAACCGCAUCUCUACACACUGGUUAUUCGACCUGACAACACUUACGACAUAUCCAUUGAUCAGGAGGUGAUCAACACAGGAAGUCUCUUGGAAGAUUUCACCCCCCCAGUCAAUCCACCCAAGGAAAUUGAUGAUCCUGAUGACUUCAUGCCCAAAGACUGGGAUGAGAGGGAGAAGAUACCUGACCCUGAUGCCACAAAGCCUGAUGACUGGGAUGAGGAUGCUCCCAUGCAGAUCCAAGACCCUGACGCAGUAAAGCCAGCAGGCUGGCUGGACGAUGAGCCAGAGAUGGUGCCAGAUCACAGCGAGAAACCUGAAGACUGGGAUGAUGAAAUGGAUGGUGAAUGGGAGGCAGCCUUGAUCAACAACCCCAAGUGUGCUGAUGCUCCAGGGUGUGGGGAGUGGAAGCCAUCCAUGAUAGACAAUCCCAACUAUAAGGGGAAGUGGCGGCCACCCAUGAUUGACAACCCCAACUACCGGGGCAAGUGGAAACCUCGCACCAUCCCCAACCCUGAAUAUUUUGAGGACCUGGAGCCCUUCAAAAUGAGACCCAUUGGAGCUGUUGGCAUCGAGCUGUGGUCCAUGUCUGACAACAUCCUUUUUGAUAACCUUAUUGUGACUGACAAUACGGCUGAGGCUGACCAGCUGGCUGCAGACACUUAUGACUUGAAGAUAAUGAAGUUGGAAAAGGGCCAGGUUGGUGUGUUCCGGCGCAUCAUCAAAUACUCAAAUAAGAAUCCCUGGCUCUACGGUAUCUACGUGCUGCUUGUGGCCAUCCCUGUAGUGUUGAUCUUUACCUUCUGCUGUGCUGAAGUAAAGGACUCCAAGGAUGCUAAACGAAAGAAGACUGAUGAGCCAACUGAAGAUGAUCCCCAUGCUGAAGAAGAAGAAGAAGGAGAUGCAGCGGCAGGCAAGGCAGAGGAGGAACCCAUGGUGGAUGCUGCUGCUGCAAGUGAAGAGUCACCAGACAAUGCAGAGAGUGAUUCAGCUAAAGAUGGCAAAGAUGAGGAGGAGAAAGAUGAAGAAGACACAGAAACCAAGAGUGAUAAAGAGGAGAGUCAACAGCGCACUUCUCCAAGGCUUCGCAAGUCCCGAAGAGAGUAAAUGAAUCAAUGAAACUGGAUUUGUUGUCAAGGACUUCAAGAUUUUGAACUGGUUUGAGUGUGAUGAGUAAGGAGUAUUUGAUUGGAUUUUUAUAUGAGGCCUUAUGAUGCUAAAUAGUGCAGUAUGUAAGGAAUUUUAUGCAAAUACCUCACCAAAUGACUUUGGGGUAAUGGAACUACCAGACAUUUUGUUCAAGUUUUUGCGUCCUCAGAUGCAGUGGUAUUAUUAUAAGAUAUAAAAGGCUUACUUUAUGAUACCGAAUAAUGAUCUUGUAACACAAGGAUUAUUAUAACCUAGUCAGUAGAAAAUUUUUGAAAUGCCUUUUCUAUGUACACUAAUGCUAACCAUGCCAAGCUCUCCACUUCAGAGCAAGUGUAUACUGUGAUAGUCAAACACUUCUUUCUUUCUCAAAACAUUCCUCUGUCCUUCAUUGGCAAAGUAAUGGUUAUUUGACUAAUUAAGUCACAUUCUCGUGUAAGAAUUUUAAAGCAAGAGAAGAUUUUGUUUCUAGUACCUGCUUUAUUCAGAAGACGAUUGUUAUUGUCUGUCUUAUAUUUCACCGUGUGUUAUGGUUGGCGUCUGGUAAUCUUUGCAUAUCAUCUUUGAAGUUGGUAAGUACUAUAUAAUAUGUUAGGUGACUAGAUUUAUCUGUAAAUGCUGUACUUUUUUUUCUAAGUUUGAAGUUUUAUGAUCUUUUUAAAGAAUCUGCAACCUGGUCUGUCCUGUAUUAUGCUAGUAGCUUUACAUUCCUUUCACUUGGCAAGAAAAAGUAUAAAUAUAUACAUUGAUAAGGAAGUAGACAUUCAUUUAUCGAUCAAACAUUCAGAUACAAAGGAAAAAACUAAUCACGUGGAUGUGUACUUCAAUGUUUUAGGGGCUGCAGGCUUGUGUGCCUCGGUCCCCAGUCCAAAGCCUGGGUACACCAGUGUUGAAAUAAUUGUGUUAAUAAGAUUUACUUAGUUUUGCAUUGUUAUUUUGCCUAAUCAACAUUAAUUAAGAAAUGUAGAGCAUUGUCAUUGUUACAAGAUGUAUAUGUUUGUCAUGCUGAGGAUGGCUGAUUAAGUAGUGGACAUGCAUUUAUUGUGUGAUUCUUGUUGGUAACGUGGCUGAUUGUUCCCAGCUGUUGUAAUGUAACACCUCAACCACCCUUCCCGUGAUGCAGUAUGUCUCCAAUAUUUAUUCCUGCCUGUAUGUUGUACAGAGGCUUUUACAAUAAAUAUUUUCACUGAA